AUGGCUUCACAUUUUUCACUGAACAUUUUUGUGUCUCCCUCCGCCUGUCGUCGUCGUCUGUCUGUGGGUGUGUCUCCCUUCCUCGGCCUGUCGCCUGUCUGUCUGUGGGUGGGUGUCUCUCUCCCUCCGGCCGGUCGUCGUCGUCUGUGCUUGUGUGUGUGUGUGUGUGUGUGUCUCCCUCCCUCCGGCCGGUCGUCGUCGUCUGUGCGUGUGUGUGUCUCCCUCCCUCGGUCUGUCGUCGUCUGUCUGUCUGUCUGUGUGUGUGUGUCUCCCCUCCCUCCGGCCGGUCGUCGUCGUCUGUGCUUGUGUGUGUGUGUGUGUGUCUCCCUCCUCCGGCCGGUCGUCGUCGUCGUCGUCGUCGGUCGUCGUCGUCUGUGUGUGUGUGUGUGUCUCCCUCCCUCCGGCCGGUCGUCGUCGUCUGUGCUUGUGUGUGUGUGUCUCCCUCCCUCCGGCCGGUCGUCGUCGUUUGUGCUUGUGUGUGUGUGUCUCCCUCCCUCCGGCCAGUCGUCGUCUGUGUGUGUUUGUGUCUCCCUCCCUCGGCCUGUCGUCGUCUGUCUGUUUGUGUGUGUGUCUCCCUCCCUCGGCCUGUCGUCGUCUGUUUUGUGUGUGUGUGUCUCCCUCCCUCGGCCUGUCGUCGUCUGUUUGUGUGUGUGUGUCUCCCUCCCUCGGCCUGUGUCGUCUGUCUGUCUGUCUGUGUGUGUGUGUCUCCCUCCCUCGGCCUGUCGUCGUCUGUCUGUCUGUCUGUGUGUGUGUGUCUCCCUCCCUCGACCUGUCGUCGUCUGUCUGUCUGUGUGUGUGUGUCUCCCUCCCUCCGGCCGGUCGUCGUCGUCUGUGCUUGUGUGUGUGUCUCCCUCCCUCCGGCCGGUCGUCGUCGUCUGUGCGUGUGUGUGUCUCCCUCCCUCGGCCUGUCGUCGUCUGUCUGUCUGUCUGUCUGUGUGUGUGUGUGUCUCCCUCCCUCGGCCUGUCGUCGUCUGUCUGUGUGUGUGUCUCCCUCCCUCCGGCCGGUCGUCGUCGUCUGUGUGUGUGUGUCUUCCCUCCCUCCCUCCCUCCGGCCGGUCGUCGUCGUCUGUGCGUGUGUGUGUCCUCCUUCCUCCUCCCUCGCUCCGGCCGGUCGUCGUCGUCUGUGCAUCUAUACGCCUGCAUUAUACACCUACGUUCGCACUCUGUCUGGGCCUACUACGUUCGCGCUCUGUCUGGGCCUACUACGUUCGCACUCUGUCUGGGCCUACUACGUUCGCACUCUGUCUGGGCCUAAAAAAGUUCGCACUCUGUCUGGGCCUCUAUAGCCUCUGUAAACAGCCUACCCCUAGUGACAAAAACUCUGUCUGGGAUAAAAAAAUUAAUGCAACAUUUUCUGGGCCUACUACGUUUUUGUCCACUCUGUCUGGGCCUACUACGUUCGCACUCUGUCUGGGCCUACUACGUUCAAACCACUCUGUCUGGGCCUACUACGUUCAAACUCUGUCUGGGCCUACUAAAAAAAAACUCUGUCUGGGCCUACUAAAAGGGCACUCUGUCUGGGCCUACUACGUUCGCACUCUGUCUGGGCCUACUACGUUCGCACUCUGUCUGGGCCUACUACGUUCGCACUCUGUCUGGGCCUACUACGUUCGCACUCUGUCUGGGCCUACUGACAUUGCGAUCUGA